CUCCUCCUCGUCGUGCAGCUGCCGAGAAGGAAGUGCCGGGGGUGCUGGUGCUGGUGCUGUGCGCGUCGGGCGAGCGAAGGAGCGAGCAUGGCCUGGACCAAGUACCAGCUGGGCCUGGCCGCGCUCAUGCUGGUUACCGGCUCCAUCAACACCCUUUCCGCCAAGUGGGCAGACAAGCUGAGUGCCCCAGGCUGCAAUGGGUCGACCGAACACAGCUUUCAGCAUCCCUUCCUCCAGGCGGUGGGCAUGUUCCUCGGGGAGUUCUCCUGCCUGGCUGUGUUCUACCUGCUGCUCUGCUGCGACCGGCGGAGGCCAGAGCCCACCAUGGCUCCCCCUCAGUCCUUUAACCCACUGCUUUUCCUGCCUCCGGCGUUGUGCGACAUGACAGGGACUAGCCUCAUGUAUGUGGCUCUGAACAUGACGAGCGCAUCGAGCUUCCAGAUGCUGCGAGGAGCCGUGAUCAUCUUCACCGGGCUGCUCUCGGUGGCCUUCCUGGGGCGGAAGCUGGUCUGGAACCAGUGGCUGGGCAUCGUGAUCACCAUCGUGGGGCUGGUGGUGGUCGGGCUGGCUGACCUGAGCAGCAACAACAAGGAUCGGAACCUCAGCCAAGUCAUCACAGGUGACCUUCUUAUAAUCAUGGCCCAAGUGAUCGUUGCCAUCCAGAUGGUGCUGGAGGAGAAAUUCGUCUACAAACAUGACGUCCAUCCUCUGCGCGCUGUUGGCACUGAAGGGUUCUUUGGGUUCGUCAUCCUCUCCGUGAUCCUGGUGCCCAUGUACUACAUCCCUGGGGGCAGCUUCAGCGGCAACCCCCGGAAGGUGCUGGAAGACGCGCUGGACGCCUUCUGCCAGAUCGGCCACCUCCCGCUCAUUGCGGUGGCCCUGUUGGGCAACAUCAGCAGCAUCGCCUUCUUCAACUUCGCCGGCAUCAGCGUCACCAAAGAGAUCAGCGCCACCACCCGGAUGGUCCUCGACAGCCUGCGCACCGUGGUCAUCUGGGCCGUCAGCCUCGCCGUGGGCUGGGAGAUAUUCCACGGGCUGCAGAUCCUGGGGUUCCUCAUCCUCCUGGUGGGCGCCGCCCUCUACAACGGCCUGCACCAGCCCCUCCUCGCCCGGCUGCCUUGGGGAAGACCGCAGGCUGGGGCGGAUACGGAGGGUCUCUUGGCCGCAGAUGGGGCGUCCAUUAAUGGGGACAGUUGAUGGCCACGGAGCCCUGGCUGUGCUGGAACUGUGGACCUCUCUCUCGGGGAGACCAGCCCCAGUGGCUAGGACCUGCCGGCCGAGAGCUGCGUGGCGCACUGGGGGUUGGGUGCUCUGCUUCACCUUAAAGGCUUGGAUGUUGCUCCACCAUUUGGCUGCUCUGUUCAUUGUAGAAGGAGGCGCAGUUAUCCCGGCAGCUCCUGGGAUAACUGCAGAGGAGCUGCCUUCCGCGGCUGGGAGGUCCCACGCUGGUUGAGGACUCUCUCUCUCUCUCUCUCUCUCCUGUGGUUGCUAGGAAGCCACUCAAGCACUGCUUCCACCCCCACAGGUUCCACAUGGGGGCUGGCGUGGGGUGGAGGCGGGACCUGUCGGCUGUCUGUCUGUCUGUCUGCAGCACCCAUGGAGGCAUCAUGGCUCCUAGGCUGAAUCCAUCUGCCUUGUGGGGACCAGUUGCAUCACGAAGCCUUCAUUGUUGACAUCGCAACACUUCAAUUAAGUGAAUUCAAUUAUUAUUCAAUUAAACAUAAGUGAUGAACUUGA